UAUAAAAGAACGUAACCAAAAAUUUGACUGAAGUGACAUGGGGGACAGGAUUAUUAUUUAAUGGAAAUUUUUCGAUGGUUGUUUCUAUUCGAAAUUCAUUGAGCGAAAUUUCUGUUAGGUUCGACUUAUAACUGCUGUGAUUGCUUACAAAAAAUGGAUAUUUCUAAUUCCAAGACUCCGAUUCUACCACGAGAUUCCGAAACGUUUAUGUUCAAUGAUUGGCACAUUUACUACAACAAAUCGCACAUUCUGAAGAGUAUUUGUCCACAGGACGGAAAAUGUACACUGGACGACGUAAAUUGUUGUGAGCGGUGCAAAUUCGAGUACUCUCUUCAACUUCCACACCUUCCCGACAUGGUCUUUCCCAAAAACAUUCUGACCGUCACAUUCAAAACUGGUAUUCGUCUCGAAUUUAAUGCACUGGAUGCACUGAAGUGCGUUGAAAGUUGUAAGAAAGGACCACAAGUUGCAUGCGCUGAAGAAUGGCAGGAGUCUCGACCUCAAAAUUUAUUAAGUGAAAAGGUGAAACCAUUCGAUUGGACUUUUUCGUCGGAUUAUCAGGGUACCAUCGGUGAAGGAUUCGUGGUGGAAACUACUGAUAUGAAAUUGGACAUUUUCAAGUUGAUGAAAAAGGAGGCAAUUUUAUUCUAUCACGAUCUCACACUGUUCGAGGACGAAUUGCACGAUCAUGGAAUUGCAUCUUGUUCCGUUAAGAUUAGGGUCAUGCCAUCGGGGUUUUUCAUUUUGUUAAGAUUCUUUUUGAGGGUGGAUGAUGUGCUCAUACGAAUCAAUGACACCAGAUUCCACUACGAAAUCGAAAACAAUUACAUUUUAAAGGAGUUCACGAGCAAGGAAGCUCCAGUCCAGAAACUCCAGCAUGUUCCACCAGCCCUAUUUGUCACGCCCAGUGAAAUCGAGAAACAUCUGCCAGUCUUGACCAAAACUACGCAAAAAAUAAUAUUUCCGAAGUGAAGACAAGCGAUUAAAAUAAACGGUCUCUAGAAGCCUCGUCUCUAGAAAGUCCUUUGUGGAAUUUAUUUGUUUAAGUUAGCGAUAGGUUUUUUUUACGAAAUCGUUUCAUUAUAUAUCUGUCAUCAGCAUACACAAAUCAAAGAAUCGUU